CUUGACGUGGCUUUCACUGCGCAUGUGCAACACAACCUUACGUGGCACGAUAGCAGAUGAUAAAUAGUUGGGUUCAUUCAUUUUUCUAUUUUAUUGAUUAUGCUGGUAUCUUUUUGUAAAAUUUAAUUGAUCUUAAAUUUGGCAGUGAACGUGGAUAAUGAAUCCACAGUACAUAGCUCAAUCGCAAUUACCACCGCGUCAGUAUGGGGGACCGAUGCCCCCACCACCUCAACAAGGUGGGUUCACUGCAGCCCCUCUCAAUCAGAUGAGAGCACCCCAAGGACCUCCCGCUGCCUUUCCUCAGCCAGCCAGGCAGAAUGGAUUAUCUGCCGCAAACAGCAGACCGCUACCGUCCAUGGCGGGUGAUCAAGGCAUGCAAAUGUCCAGGCCUCCAACGGGACCUGCCGCUGCGCAUGCGCCGACUCAGCCAAUGGGAGACGCCCCUGGCCACCCGCAGCAACCCUCCUCUCAUCCUCCUCUCCCCACCGACCAGAUGGCUGGUCUCAACAUCAAUGGACAACCACCUCCACAGCAGGGAUUCCCAGGUAUGCCAUUGAAAGCUGGACAGCCCCCACCUUCCAACUUCAUUUCUAAUAGUAGUUUUCCGCCGGCCGUCAAUGGAGGAUCUCCCUCCGACAACAAAUCGUUUGAUUCUCAUCAACAACAGCAGUUGCCUCCGCCUCCAACACAACAACAGCAACAACAGAUGCCUCCUCCGCAUCAGCAGCAACAGUUGCCCUCCCAGCAGCAACAACAGUUGCCCCCUCAACAACAGCAACAGAUGCCUCCUCCUCCUACACAUCAACAACAGCAACAAAUGCCCCCUCCCCCUCAACAACAACAACAACAAAUGCCCCCUUCUCCACAUCAACAACAACAACAAAUGCCCCCUCCUCCACUUCAACAACAACAACAAAUGCCACCACAACAACAACAACAACUCUAUCAACAACAGCAGCAGCAAAAACAGUUCAUGCCGCCCCAGUACAACGGUAUGCCGCCUCCAGGGCAAGCCGCCCCCAGGGGCAGCGGCAUGCCCCCCCUUCCUCAGCCUGGCAACUUGCAGAGGUCUAUGCCACCGCCGGCGGCCGGCAAAUUUCAGCCUAUGGGAUUUCAGUCACCGUACAAUGCACAAGGCGGCCACUUACCUCAGCAGGCUCCACCUUCUAUGGGAGGAAUGCCGCCGCCUGGUAUGGGUCAGGGUGCGCCUGGUAUGCCACCUCCUCUCAACCAGGGCUACUACCAGGGCGAGCAGCCUCAGCCGGGCUACCCGGCGCAGCAACCAGGCUACCCAGCGCAGCAACCAGGCUACCCGGCGCAACAACCAGGCUACCCACCCGGCUACCCAUCGCCGCUCGGCCAGGCCAAUCAAGCCAAGCGACUUGAUCCUGACCAGAUGCCCAGUCCAAUUCAAGUCAUGCAAGAGGAUCGAAAAACCAAGUCCGGUAUAUUCACCACUAACUUGAAAGGACAACCUCCGCCGCUGGUCACCACUGAUUUCACAGUCAACGAUCAAGGCAAUGCUAGUCCUCGAUUCAUACGGUCAACCAUGUACAAUAUUCCUACAACAGUUGAUGUCAUGAAACAGACGUCGGUUCCGUUCGGCCUGGUGAUCAGCCCGUUUGCCAGACUGGCUAGCAACGAAUUGCCGCCUCCAAUAGUGAAUAUGGGCGAGAUCGGACCGGUGAGGUGUGUGCGCUGCAAGGCAUACAUGUCUCCAUUCAUGCAGUUCAUUGAUGGAGGCCGGAGAUUCCACUGUCUGCUGUGCAAAGGCACUACUGAAGUUCCUCCUGAAUAUUUUCAACAUUUGGAUCAUACUGGAGAGAGAGUUGACAAGUUCUCCAGUCCAGAACUGCUUCUUGGUGCCUAUGAAUAUGUUGCAACAAAAGAAUAUUGCAGGAUUGAUUCAUUUCAGGCGUGUCUGGCUCAACCACAGAUGAUGGUUGUUGGAGACGUGAACGACAUGUUUAUGCCUCUAUUGGACGGAUUCCUGGUCGACCCGAUUGAGUCUGAAAUGGUGAUCGAUCAGCUGAUGGAGCAGAUCCCUCGCAUGUUCGCCGAUACCAGAGAAACUGAAACAAUCCUCGCUCCUGCCAUCCAAGCUGGUCUUGAAGCUCUCAAGGCAGCGGAGUGCGCUGGAAAGCUUCUGAUGUUCCACUCUUCACUGCCCAUAGCAGAAGCUCCUGGCAAAUUGAAAAACAGAGAUGAUAGGAAAAUGCUGGGAACUGACAAGGAAAAGACUGUUUUAGCUCCGCAAAAUAAUGUAUACAACAACCUAGGCCAGGAUUGUGUUGGCGCGGCCUGCAGUGUAGAUCUGUUCAUUUUCAACAACUCCUACAUCGAUCUAGCGACAAUCGGCCAAAUUUGCAGGCUCACUGGUGGCGAAAUUUUCAAAUACACUUAUUUCCAGGCGGAUCUAGAUGGUGACCGGCUAAUAGAAGACAUAAAACACGAUGUGAGUCGACCGAUCGCUUUUGAUGCAGUGAUGAGGGUGAGGACGUCAACUGGCAUCAGACCCACAGACUUCUACGGUCACUUCUUCAUGUCCAAUACAACUGACAUGGAGCUCGCUUCUAUUGAUUGCGAUAAGGCGGUUGCUCUUGAAAUCAAGCAUGACGACAAGUUAACCGAGGAGGAAGGGGUUUUCAUUCAGACGGCUCUGUUGUACACCUCCUGUAGCGGACAGAGACGCGUCCGUAUUCUCAAUCUAUCUCUCUCUACUUGCGUGCAAAUGGUUGACCUCUACAGAGCAUGUGAACUGGACACUGUUAUCAACUUCUUCGCUAAGCAAAUUGCUGCUUCUAGAGGAAGAAAUGAACAGUUAAAAAGUCGACUUCGGGAGAUGGAGGUGCAGCGGAAUGCCGCCCUGAAUCGGUCCAUUGAGCUGGAUCUCCAACGGUUGCAGCGUAUUGAUGCUGCAAGUGCCAAGGAUGCAGAGACUGAUGCUGAUACCCACACCGCCAAAGCCCAGGACGGCACAAUGACAAAACGGUUGUCUUCAUUUAUCAGUAAGGAAUGGCUAAGUGAUGACGAUAUAAGUGUUUAUACUGAGUCAUUGUUCUCUAGCUAUAAUGACCUAGUUGUGGUGGACCCGGUUGUGGUUGCACUCCUAAUUAACGAUGGUGACUAUGCUCACUCUUUUUUCAAUUCAGGUCUGUACGUCAACAAGAAUGUUGCUUUCAUACUUAAUGACAAUUAUUGUUCUGUUGAUUCAAAUUCGAGGUGGAACGGCACACAUUGGAGCCUGGUUAUUUAUGAUUACGUUGACAAAUCCUUCUAUAAUUUUGACUCGCUAUCGAAUUUUAAUAAGCGAACACUGGAUGCUCUAGUGGAAAGACUGAAUCCCAUUUUUGAUACAAAAAAGCUGACCAUUGUGAGACAGAGAGAUAAGCUGGAGAUAGUAGUGAAGCAUUUCCUGAUGGAGGACAGAGGUACCGAUGGCUCUUCGUCUUAUGUUGACUUUCUCUGUCACAUGCACAAAGAAAUCAGAUCGCUGCUCAGUUAACAAUAAACUCAUCCUUAAUUUCACCACAUGAACUGAGCCCUGGCAGAAUAAUCUGCCUCCAAGAAACUGAGUUGGAUGUAUUUGUAAUUUAUAUUCAUUGAUUUUUAUUAUAGCUUAAUUACUUUAGAUUGGCUGAUAGGGUUCUAUACUGAAAUUGAAACGCCUAUGUUGUUGUAAUACCAUUUCUACAAGAUGAGGAGUUUUCCAAUUAACAUCAAUUACUUGAAAUAGAAUAUCCAUUCAUGGAACAAAUAGAUUGAAUUAGCUCUUUGUAGACUCUUCAAAAACUCAAAUCGUUAUUUCGGUUGUUCUGUAGUACUAUUAACUAUCCAUUAACUAUGAUAUAAAAAUGAAGAUUACAAAGUUCUUUAUAAAAUCUGUUAUGUGGUAAGAUUGAGUUGAUUACAAACGAAUUAGAUGUUAUACACCUAGUUUUGUAAUCAAAUUCUGUUCAAGUGAGUAGAUUUAUUGGACUUUUAGCCCAUAUUUAAUUCAAAUAUUAUAAAUAAUUGCUUUUUGAGUUUCAUUUUGUCUGGUGCAUCAGUUUUGUGUGUAUACUCGAUAUUUUAAAAAGCUUGUUCUUUAGUUCGGGGUUACGAAUUUAGUAUGAUUCCUGUAUAGAUGGAUAGUGAAAUUUAAAGUUCUCACUGCAAUAAUGUUUCUGUAACAAAAGGCAUUCAAAAUUGAUCAAUUUAAAAUGAAACAAAUAAAUCAAUGACUAAACAUUAUAUUCAAGCAGUUUUCAAUGACGAAAUAUUUAACUAGUAGUUUUUAUACUUCUGGAAUUGAACUUUGAAUAGGUUGAUGCAUUUUAAAAAAGUCGAGUGUUGUGUAUAAUUUUAAGGGAACAAUAUCUAUUUGAGUUAUUAUAAUGUGGUGCUUGGUAAAAACUGGUUUUACUGAGGUAUUUGUGUUUUACUAAAUACAACAUGAUUUCCAAGUAAAAACUCUAAAUUAUGAAUUUGUUGUAU